CCAGCAGUCGGGUCAAGGGUGCCCCAAGCAUACACGUGGCAGGUGAUGCUACGCUUGACAUUGGGUUGGUGUCAGUGGCUGAAAUGGAGGCCCGGGUGGCCGUAGAGACCAUGUUUAUCAAAGACGAGUCCAAGGUAAAAACCCUAAAAACCCUAAAACCCUAA